AUGUCUAGUGGAAAUCGUAUGGUUCAGACUUUUGGUCGCAAGAAAAAUGCUGUUGCAGUUGCAUUGUGCCAACAGGGUCGUGGAUUGGUACACUUCAAUGGUAAACCACUUGAUUUGAUUCAACCUGAACAAUUAAAAGUUAAGGCAUUUGAGCCUAUAUUAUUACUAGGGAAGCAAAUGUUUUCUGGAGUUGAUAUAAGAGUUCGUGUUACCGGUGGUGGAUAUACAUCACAAGUCUUUGCUAUUCGUCAAGCUUUAGCAAAAGCCAUUGUUGCAUACACUCAAAAAUAUGUUGAUGAAGCUACUAAACAAGAAAUUCGUGACAUAUUAGUAUCUUAUGAUCGUUCACUUGUUAUUGCUGAUCCAAGACGUUGUGAACCAAAGAAAUUCGGUGGUCCAGGUGCACGUGCUCGUAUUCAGAAAUCUUAUCGUUAA